UCUACUAUCCUCAAUAAAACUCGGCCACCCGAAGAAACUGCCAUUCUUUUAAGGUGGCAAGAGAAAAAGAAAAAAGAGUUAGGAGAAGCUGGCUUUAUCACUUAUAUCCAAAAAAAUAAGUCCCUUGGUAAUCAGGCGCAUGCACUUAUUCAACACAGGCUUGUUCAUCAUAGCUUUCCUGAAGGUCUGUCUGAAUCACUCUUAGGAUACUGCAAAAGUGUAGAGUUUCUACUUGAUCAUGUAUCUCACACACAUAGCUCGGAACAAGAUUGCACACACUCAUUUUUGGGUUACAGGGGCCGAUACGACAGUGUUAUUAGCUUCGGGUUGGUUUUAAUCUACAGUGACUUUAACGUGCUAAUUUAG